AUGAUACGUUUUUUUCUAAUAGUAAAUAGGUCGUGUCAAACACGUUUUGCUAGAUAUUAUCAGAACAUACUAAUUCAAGAUAAAGCAACUUUUGAAUUGGAGAUUGCUAGACAAUGUAUUACUCGAAAGCAAAAUCAGACAUUGUUUUUUUCCAUCAAUCAGGACAAAAUAGUUUAUCGAGUGUAUGCUUCAUUGUAUUUUAUCAUUGGUUGUGAUCCAGAAGAUAAUGAAUUUUCCAUCCUGGAACUGAUUCAAAACUGUGUUGAAUGCUUGGACCAUUACUUUGAAAAAGUGACGGAACUUGAUCUUGUGUUCAACAUCGAAAAAGUGCACAUGAUCAUAGACGAAAUCAUCGUUCAAGGACUUAUCGUGGAGACCAAUCAAGAGAGGGUCUUGGCUUCAAUGCGUGCUCUUGCCAAUCAGAAAUCAAACCCAGUUGCUUGA